GUGAAGAAUUAUUAUUAUAUUUGAAAUCCAAAUUUGCCCAUUGUCAGUUGGGAGUGUAAUUUACCGCAAAACUCAUUAUUUUCUUUAUCACGAGAAAUUUUGAAGCUAUAGGCUAUUUCAGGAAACUGCAGUGUUGGAAAUUUCAUCCAGUUUCGUUGUGAACUCGAUGCUAAUAAAAAGGUCACUGAUAAGUAGAAAACUUUUAAGAAUCAGUUAAAGAAAUUUGGAUUUUGCCUGAUAACAGCAUAACCGUAAGUACUUUUACUGGAAAACAAUGAAAUUGAUUGAUUUUGAUUUCAGUAAAGUGGAAGACACCAAUAAUCGUCCAUAUUCGAAAUGAAAAGUGAUUUUUAAAUUAAGGUUCGCUAGCCUUUCAAGUGAAAUUACCAUGAAGAGAUUAAUUCGGAUGUAUUAACACUGUUUUGAUGAGAUGCUAUCAUUUAACACCCAUACAGCAGACUCCAAAUUGUUGACCGUGCUAUCCGUGUUAGCGUUGGCCCAGAGUAAUUUCGACGAGAUAUCCGAGAGCGAGUUUUACGAAGCGGACUCUCUCGCCGAAGCUGCGAGAGACAAGCGAACUAUCCAGACGUUGUUGACGAGCGUGGGCGAUUUCCUAGGGUUCGAUGUGCAAAAACGACCUUCCGGACUGCCCUUAGGUCAGAGGGUGGCCGUCGUAUCGCCGGCAGCUGGAUUACCCCCGGCACCACCCGGUAUAAUUUCGGUGGCUUCGCCAGCUGACGCCGCCCAAAGACAAGUUUUGCUACCGCGACCGUCGACCAGCGAACAGAGGAGCAGCAUCAGCUUCGGUGUAAACUUGCGGAGAACUAAUACUAAUACGUGAUGAAAACUUUGGAUUUGGACCGUCCCCGUGUGACGAUUUGUUCGUUAUGUCGAAAUUUGUGAACUUCCCGUUUCGGUUUCUGAAUAUGUGCGCCGA